AUGUUCAAUGCCAUGGAUGCCUGCAGUGCUCACAGCUCCUGGUCCAGUCGCCCAACAGUCAACACCGUCCUGAGUCUCCCGCUUCUCGCCAUCUUCAAUGCCUUUGAGAAUGUGGAUGCCCUAGCCUUCAUGCACAAGGAAUCGAUCAAAGGAAGCUUCGUUCGCGACUUCUUCGAAUACAACCAAGAUCAACAACAGUUCCAGCUCAUAACACGCACAGCAUGCUCCAAACCCUACACAUUGACAAGACUCCACCGAGCCAUCAUCGCCCACCAGCUCACACUCCAACCAUUUGUACACAACAAUAACACUGGUGGCCCUGAUUUCCAGCCCUUUGUCGACUCAUUGAUAUACCAACAACAGCAGGUACUGAAGCUAGCCAACAGAGAUCUCCGUUUCGUCAUGCUGGACAUGGCAAGCCUCGACGUUAGUCGUAACUUCAGCAACCACCUCAGCAAACAACAAUGGCAGACUUCCUACAAGAAUAACAUGCAUUACUCAGCUCGCAACCUAUGGUAUCGAAUGAUACAUAAGCAAAGCUCCAACAAACUUGCCAUGUCGCAACUCCAUCUGAAACAUGCUGAAUCUGAUAGAUGUGAACUCUGUUAUGAAGUGGAAGACGCCAAACAUCUCCUGAUCAGUUGUGUCCACAAACUUGAUGUAUGGGACUCCUCAUUCAACGAGUUCCUUGGUUACCCCAAAUCUGCAGAUCCACAUCUUAUCUACAAAUCAAUCAUACUCUUCAAACUGGACCGAUAUUUCAUAUACAACUUGGAUAUCCACAUCACGAUCUUUGACCUCUUUGCCACCAUCAUGCGUAUUAUCUGGAGAAACCAUUAUCAACAGCUUUGCAACCACAUGCCUUUUGAUUCAAUCCAAACCAGCCGCCAAAUCAGAACCGAAGUGUUAAGAUUGUCAAAUCUUAAGCAACUUUCUUUCUAG